AUGGUGCCGCGCUCGGGCGCGCCUGACUGCACUCCAUGUGCAUCGACAGAGCGACAGUUCUUGUCGGAUUUUGUAGCGGGAGCAGAGAGCACAGCUGGCGGUCGCCUGGCGAGGUGGUUGGCCCCCACCCCCCGCGUGGAACCUGCUAAGUGCGAAAUGAAGCCCCCGGCUACCCCACCAAGACCAGCAGUCAAAUCCAGCCUUCCUAUUUUGAUACGAGACCAAUACGGCGACGCAGUCUCGUCGCCAGCUCUCAAAGUAGAGGUGGUCGUGCAAAGAUUAGAGGAGAGUGCACCGCGGCCAAGCCGCGCGACGCUAGCGGCGUAUGAACACGAGCCCAUCCCCGACGCGCCCUACCAGCCAACCCUCAAGGAAACCAUGAGCUUCCAAGCGAUAUCGAUGAUGAAGGCAUACCAGAACUUCUCGUUUGAGGAAUUGCGUCUAGCGAGCGGCAGAUGGGGCGAGUCAUGUCCGAGCACGUCUGCGUUCGUGAUCAACGGGUGCGUGCCGGUGGAGCGGCUGACGGUGCGCGUGCAGCCAGACGGCUCGUACGCCGCCGCGUGGACGCCGCGCGCGCCUGGCGUCUACAUCUUCAGGUGCAUGCUGGACGACUUGCCCGUGCCACAGGAGUUGACAAUAGAAGUGGCAGAAGUGGUAACCGAAGGGCAAGCGGAACGUAGCUUGCAAGCUUGCGGAGCGGCGCCGUCGUCUGCUCCGUCCAAGCUGCGUCGCUCCAUCACGCUGUUCAGUGCGGGGCUGCGAGUGAGGGCCAGCCCGAGCUUGCAAGCGGAGGAGAUUGGCCGAGUGCCGCCCGGAGAGACUAUUGAAUUCGUUGAAGAGGUGGUUAACAAGGACGGCACAUGGGUCCGUCUGGGGCCGGAUGCGACGCGCGCGUUCGCGGACGACUGCGCCGUGGCGUGGUGCCUACAGUACCACCGACACCUCGACAAGGCGCUGCUAUUACCUCUCGAGCCCACCAGCCCUCAGGACGAAUGCGCCGGUAUGUGGAGUGGUUUUGGUGAUCUAACCGGCGAUAUCGCCUCGUGGGUCCCUUCCAGCGAUGACAUUCCAUCUGUAACAGAAGAAGUGACUUGUGCUGAUGACAGCAAAUUCGCUUUACCGAAUUGCGACCGUCUCACAGAAAUUGACCUGUCGGAGGCGACGUUCCCGUUUGGCUUCGUGCCGAUCAAGCGGGCCAGGACCGGCAGCAAUGAAAUGAGUUCUUCUCAAUCCACGAAAAGGAUACAACGACGCAGCAACGGCAAUAGUGAAGAAUGGUGGUCAGCGAGCAAACAACGUUGUAGUGACAAUUAUAGAGACGUCAACACUAUACUCGAGACGGAGAUUGUACCGGAGUCACAGGAAGUAGCUGAAGAAGGCCAAGUAGAAACGACAAUCGAUGUGGCUGAAAACAAGACCGGCAGUCGCCUUGCGCAAACCGGCACGCAGACUUCGCCCGACAGCGCCGCCGACGAAGCCGUCUCACGCGUACAUUUUUUCACUGCUACCUCGAAGAAUGAAGGCCUGGUAAGCACGAAGACCGCUGCUCGGGAGCGCUUUCCUCGAAACGCAUACUAUAAGCGUGCAGCCUCGCUCCCCCCUCUGCCCGCCCGCCCAGCGCCCACGCCCCCUCUGCCUAAGAAACACGCAAUCAGUCCAACACAGGCUGAGUGCCUGCGCGCCAUAUUCGCAGCUCUUCUGUGGCAUGAAGGCAUAGUCCACGAUGCCAUAGCGUGUGCUGCAUUCCUCAAGUUCCACCCGCAGCUGCCCAAGCAGGGUGCACGCGUUGUGACGCGACAACCGCAUGACGUUCAGCCGCCGCGACACCAGCGACACUCCGUUGAAGUGUCCAAUGCAGGACAAUACCUGCGUAUACACCCUUCCACACUAGAAUCGUUGACUCGUUCGGGUGUAGAAGCUACUACGAGUCGUAUGCGCAAAACCGAUCUUGAUGCGCCGAUACGAGAGAGGAGGAACCACAUGCUAGUGCUUCGGCGCAUUCGCAAGCUCAGACUAGUGCUCCAACGCAGUCAGCACCAGAAGCUACUGGUCUGA